AAUACGCAAAUCGUUUUAAGCCUCAGGUGGAAAUGCAAACUAAAGGACUUAUAUUGAAUGUCAAUGUUGUGGGAUUGACGGGGAAUGGAAAGGUCAAUGGAGUCGGCAAGUCGUGCUUUUGUAAUCGUGCGGUUCGACCCAGGCAGGACGAUUAUCACGAAAACCAUAGUUCCAUAGUGAGCACGAACGACUUUUGUGGGCAAAUCAUUAACAAUCAGCAUUUCUUAUAUUGGGGUGAACGGAGAUUGUCUGACGAGAAAACUCGAUUAAGAAUUCUUGAACAGACCGUUUUUGCCAAUGAUGAAACAUUCGAAGUUUUUGAGACCAACAUGGGGAAGAACUAUUUGCGCAGGUGCAAAACGCUUAAACUCUUCUCACCUGGAAAAGCGAUGUACAUUUGCCGGGAGCAGAUGGGUACUGAAAUACAAUUUGACGACAAAUUGGUCUUAAAUAGAGAAUUCCAGGUGAAUGGUAUUCUGUGUCUGAUUGACGUCAGUAUUGAAUGUCAGAUAAACCUUGAGGCACAGUUGUUAUUUACCCUAGAAGUAAUACAGUUUGCAUUGAAAGCCAAAAUCCCAGUUCUGGUUGUGACAACCAAAAAUGACAAAGCUGACACCAUUUGUAAAAAUAGUCUUGAGUCGUUUUUAUCUGAACAUAAACUGAAGCCCAACGUACCAGUUGUAGAAACUUCUUCUCAAUGCAAUAUUAACAUCGAAGCAGCGCUAGAACUGUUGACAGUACUAAUGCUAGAACCAACAAAAUCUGUUGCAAGUACACGGACACUAUCGUAUGACGAAAGCACAUCGAUACGAGAGAAACGUAUUGAAAAUGCAAAAACGGAGAUGGGUCAUGUCGUCAAAAAGGCAUUGAAUGAUCGGAUAUUAGAGACGCAUACACUUGGACUUUUGUAUACGUUUUGUAGAAACAAAUGCGCGUUCCUUAGCAAUUUGUAUGGCGAUCAUAAAGCUAAAUUGAUACUGCAACAAAUAGUACUACAGUACUAUAUUGACAGACAGCGGCAAAAUGACUUUCAAAAUUUACGUCGAGUUCUGGAGAUCACACUUGAUGAACGUAUAAAGGAAUCAAUGAGCAACUUACGACUUUGGACUGGAACAGAAUGCAUGGAUCAAUUUCCAUUGCUAAAUGAGAAUCCGCGACUUCUAGAAGAAAUAGGAUUUACAAACGGGGAUCAACGUCGCUUGUUGCUUUCUAAUUUCUUGCAAUCAUCCGAAGCAAAAUCGGAAGUGAAAACAUACAGACAAAAACUCGUCUUAGAAAGGAAGAAAAGAGGUUUUCGGGAACUUUGCUUGGAAAUGCAGGACUCGUUCCUAAAAUGCAUACAUGAACAUAAACAUCUGAAGACUUUACAACACGGUCACAUUUUGAAACUGAGUGAAUGUAUGAUGUCUCAAGAAAGAUAUAAAGCUCUGGAUGCUCACUCUGAUAUACGAACAGCAAUGAUAUUGAGCAUCCUUGUUUUCUUCGAAAAACCAUGUAUUGAAAGAUGUCCCUUUAACCAACAAAACCGCAAUGAAUGUGUUGAUCAUGCCGUUUCUCGUUUUUUAACAUCAAAAGACAGAAGGAAUCGACAAGACAAUCUCAGAAAUACAGAGAGGCCAACAUUUAACGUCAUAAGGUUGCUUAUAGCAAUGGUUUGUGGUGAUCCGUACAACGUAGAAGACGUGUUGUCACUAUUCCUGGAUGAGCCAAUCUUCAAAACGCAACCAAAGGGUUUCGUUCCUCAUCAUGUGUUCAACUCGUUUUCAUUCACGCACAAAAUGGAUGAUGGGAGAUCUUUUAAAGUUGUCUUCACUGUUGCAUCCUACCACGAAGCAAAAAGCAUGAUCAACCAAAUACCGUUUGACAGAUGUGUCUUUGUUUAUCACAAAUUUCGACGGUCGUCAAUUACAUCGCUGCGAAGAGUGAUUCAAAGUGCGGCCUGUCCAAAGAUGUUAAUUGAGGUGCAGUACUGCAACUCGGGCACUUCGUCAGCACAUCAAUCGCUACCAUUAGAGGAAGGCUUACGCGCCGUCGCUGUCCAAGUACCGGAAUACUUCAAAUCUCCAGCCUAUAGACAAAUGCUUAUGUCGUUCGUUAUUUUUGCCGACACGAACUUGUCAAUCAUUGGCGAUUUACAGCUUCAUUGCAUAGAUGAAACUACAAGUCGGUCAUCAUCGCCGAAGAGCGAUCAAUCGGAACAGAGUUCAAGUGAUGAUCCAAGUUUUGAUAGUAAAAGAAGUUCAACACUGUCCGAAAAUAAUUUUGCUGAUACAGACAGCAGCGUAACUUCAUCAGAGAAAAUAUUCUGCAAACAAAGAGACGUUUCGAAGGCCAUGCCAACCCACAAAGCCAUCGAUUUGGACAUAGCGCGCAAUAGUACAGGAGCCCACAUGGUCCUUGACGAGAGACAGGACAGCUCUACUAGAUACAAUGAAAAUUGCUGCGAUUUUGACAAAGAAUCGAUUAACUUGUCCGAAAUACGCGAUGGUGAUCAAACAAACUGUAAAACAACAUACCACAUUCAAAACGCUCUACGGCAAAACCAUGACACGGAACAAACCUCAGCUAAAUGUGUCAAAACCGAAAAUGAAGACACGACCUGUACAAUACUCGAAGUUCUUACCGGUCGCAAAGAAAAACGUGAUGCAGAACAAACACGAAUUAAAUCUAUUGAAAGCCGUGAGGUUCAAACAUAUGUAAAGACAACAUUCUCAAAUUGUGACGUUAGUUCCGCCGAUGCUCCGACAACUUUAAUGAAUGAAACUGAACAGCUGUUGAACACAUCGAAUUGUAGACCAACUUAUUUUCGCUGCGCGUCAAAUGAACCACCUAACUUAAUAGCUGUGGACAUGGAAGGGAUCUACAUAGAACUAAAACAAUGUCUUACUGACGACGCAUUUGCGUUACUUAAAGGGACAAAAAAGGAAAUGGCUUAUGAUAUUCGUAGAGUGAAGAAGGCUGCAAAAAAGGCGAGGCGAGCGCAAAGAAACUGCGAAGAGAUGAUUGAGAAAAACCGAAGAACUGGAUGUUUUUGCAAUAUAUGUUAAUAUGUAAGCCUCGACCUGGACAGUGGAUGCUCGGUUAAAAAUGUUAACCCUGCCAAACGUAUGUUUUAUCAACAACAUCACGCAUGAUUCAACUACCGGUACCGAUAUCCUAGUCACUGCACUGUUAAUAGAAGGUGUAUGCUGGAACAGCGCUUUAUAAUGAGAUAUCAGACCGACGGGCGUAACGCCACAAAUGAGAUAACACCCCAAAAGAAUCUGCCAUACCAUACCACGUGAUUCUGAUCGAUUCGGAUAUUAUUUUUUAUUUGAUUUUGAAUCAUCACAUUUUCUUUGACUUUUUUAAAGCUUUAAUCAAUAUAUAAAAUGGUCAUUUUGGUUUAACGUUGCCCUGAUUUUCAUUCAAUUAGAUGCAGUUAAAGCAGAUCAUCCGUCCACUUCCAGACGUGGAAUGAUUGUUCUUGUAACUGUAGUGGCUAUCAUUAAUCCAUAGAGGAGGUAUCCACUGCGAGGAACUCAUAGAACUGUAUGUGUGUGUAUUACCUUCAUGUACCAUAUUGUCAUUUCAUAAUGUUUUGUAAACAAACGUUUUUCUUGUGUCGCUGAAGUAUGCACUUGAUCUACUUUUGCAACAUUGUCCUGUGAGAAAGGAGUUAAAAUCGAUACGUAUCUCUUGUUUAUGUAUAGAACAUUUUAUCAAUAUGUUUGACGAGAUGUAGCUCAAAAGUUUUAAACGGACAAGAUGAGCCCCCAUAAUCACACUGUCUUUGGAAUAUUUGUAGUUUACGUAAGCCUUUGUACAUUUAUAUAAUUUGCAUCAGCGAUAUUUGGUUUGUUGAUUGAUAUUUGUAUUGAAUUAUUUUUAAGCAAUCACAUAAAUAACCAAGCUUUGUAAUAUGGAACUUUUACACCCAAUAUUGCUACUUCUUCCUGUAUGUGAACGAUGAUGAUCUGAAAUAUUAACUAUAUCAUGCUAUACUUUUUAACCCUUUUUGUAAAAAGAAGGGAUGUAUGUAGGAUAGGUCACUCUGUGUUACUGCAUGUGUCUAUGUCUCUGUACAAGUGUUUAUGCCCCUUGUCUUGUAAGUGUCCAUUUGCUUCUCUUGUGAGAUUCAGUCCCUUGUCCUGUGUGCGUCCAACCAUGUACUGUGAUGUCAUAUAUGUUUUGUCCAGUGAGAAUGAGAGAAUUCAAAGAAACAAGAUUCUUAUUGGUCAGUUCCAAAACCCUUUGUGAAAUUCAGAGAAAAUUACUGACCAUGCUUUCUUUUGCUCUCUAGCUGUCGCAAGACAAACUUGUAUUGCAACUUUUAUUAUAUUUUACCAACCUGGUGAGUUUAAAGUUAUUUGUAUUUGCAUUUAUUUACAUAUCUGCAAUGAAAAUGAAUUUAAUAUUAUUUUGAAAUAAUGUAUUUAUGUUUGGAAGGUUGUGAAAUGUGUUAAUUGGUUUUUUUUUAUGUUUCUUUGUUCUGUUAUAUGUAUAAAUACCUAUAUACGAGAAUUCCGAUAUACAUUUGGACAGUCACAUAAAUAUCGAACCUUGGGCGGCGUUUCUAGUUAUUUAAACCCCUACCCUACUACAUUUGGCUCCCCGACGCAAAACGACUAGAAACCAGGUUGGAGAUAUUUCCACCACCACGUGCGGACCACUGACGGAGCAGUGUAGGUUAAGGACCCCCCGGAAGCCCACAGAGGUUGAGGAACUCUUGCCGGCGCCAUGGACUGUUUCGUGUAGUGCCUCCGAGACCGAGUGGAUAAGAUUUUUUUUUGUCCUCUGUUGAAAGUUCUUCAACGAACUUAUUAACUCUAAAGUGCAUUGUGUUAAGACCAGAAAAUUCGUCAAUUGUGAUUGAAGUUCUUCAACGAACUUGCUAACUCUAAAAUUGUAUUAUUUCUUUAUUUUCUUCGCGAGAAGACCCGAACAUUGCAACCCGUGCUGUUUACGUGUGUUUCGUUACCUCACGCGACGAAGUGACCUGUGACCUUGUCAGUUUCCUGACGAAGAGGAUUGUAUUGUGACAUUGUGCUAAAAAUUCUUAUUGUGUAAAUUAUUUUAUGUGAUUUGUGGAUUUGUGGAUGGAAACGUAAGUUGCUACAAUUAUCGUUCUUUUUUUACUUUGUUUCUUGCACUAUUUUAUUGUUGACGGUUUACGCUAACUUUAUGUGCAUUGAUACGUAAAAAGUUCCUUUCCGGUGACACAUACAAACAAACCUAACGAAAGCAAGUUAUGUAUCUCAGAUCGCUGUAAUUGGGGGUAUAAAUUGUAAGUUUCAAUUCAAAUUUUUGUUUAAAACUGCUUUUUAUUUUAUUGUUAUACCUAUAUCGUAAUUUUAUUGAUUGUAUUAACUAAAACUCUAGAGUUGUCACAUAAUUUCGCGACCCGGAAAUAUUUGUCAUUGCAAGGUUAGAAAUUCUUCCGAGUGAUUUGUGAUUUUAAAACUGUGUCAACUGCAUUAUUUUAGAGGUAUUCAACAUAUAUCGUGUUGUAGAAAGACAUUUUAAAAAUUCCUAGUCUGUAUGAAUGUGUGUUUUUCCUGUAAAUAUUGAUUGAAAUUCUUCAGUUACCUUCAAAUUAGAAUAUCAGCUUCUGAAAACUUUACAACAGCAAUCUUAACGGCUAUUUGCAAGCCAGUUUAGUAUAAAAUUCUGAAAUUCUCAAACGAUAAAUUGUAUUGUUUUGAACCAUUUGUUGUGUUUAAAAUAUUUUCAAUUUUUGGGCACCGUGUGAGAGUGUUGUGAUUUGUCAUAGUUCAGUGUUGUGUUGUCCAUUUUCAUUGUUCAGUGAUUACGUUUAGUAGCUGUGUUGUUUUGUGAUAUAUUGUGUUGAUAUAUUCUGCAAGUCCCGUAUUUGUUUAUAGAGUUUUGUAUUAUAAACCAGUUCGCAUUUGUAAAUAUAAGGACAUUCAACUGUUUCUGGUAAAAUAGUGAAAUUAAAUUGUUCACAUUCUAUUUAACAUUUAGAAAGCGUGUCUCCCAAACUGUUGUUUUUAAAUAUACAGUGUCACAUAAGAUUUUGUUAAUAGCGUUUAGUUAUUUUGUUUUCAAGGGAAAAUGUUAUGACAUUUUCACUUAUCUAAGGGCAAGUUCAGGCAUUUUAAUUUGAUAUUUGUAUUGUAUAUCUAUUUCAUUUUAUUUACAGCUCAAGAGUUGCUGUGCCAAUAUGUAAUAGUCAUUCUUUUCAGCUAUUAUUAAUUUAGGUCGCAGUUGAGGACCUGAGUGCCACAAAGUUCACUAUUUGGGAUUUAAAAUUUGACUUGCUUUUAUAUAAAUUUGUACAUUGCCCUUGUAGCUAAAGUAUUUUUUUCAUUUCUGUCUAUUGUUUUUUAUUUUUAUUUGAAUAUGAAUCAUACCAUAGUGGAUAUGGAAGAACAGCAAUGUGCUGUGGGGGGAAGACCAACUGAGGAAGAAAUGUUGGAAAUACUAUCCAAUAAAUACGAAUUUCAUCCAAAGGGGACCCCUUAUGCUGCAAAGCAAGUAGGAACAAACCCAAAAAAUUUGCCAUUUGUUACUACACCAAUCCAACCCCCGUCCUCCCCUUCUGGAAACCAACCUGUUCUCUUGUCAAGUGGCCACAUUCCUAAAAUACCCUUUUUUUCAGGGGAAGAUCCGGUUCCUAGGAAUGAGAUAACGUUCUACGAAUGGCGUCACGAAGUGAGGUGUCUGAUGCAAGAUAGUACUUACACUUCGUCACAAGUUCUUCAGGCCAUCAGAAAUUCUUUGAGGGGAACGGCCCGAAAACUUGUUGUUUCUUUGGGUGACUCAGCCUCUGUUGAUCUGAUUUUUCAAAAAUUAGAUGUUAAUUUUGCUGAGCCAGCCCGUAAGGGUAUCACCAUGAAGGAUUUUUUCAAUGCCUCCCAAAAGCUUGAAGAAACAGUUACUUCAUUUGGAUGUAGGUUGGAGGCCAUUCUGGAGCAGGCGUUCGAAGGUGGUCACCUUCCUCGCUCAGCAAAGAAUGAGCUUAUGUGCGAGCGCUUGUGGUCAGGCCUUCACUCAGAGGCAUUAAAGAGCAGCACUCGGCAUAAGCUCGAUUCUUCCCAACACUAUGACCAGCUUCUUAAGGAUAUCCGGCAGGUUGAAAGAGAAUUAAAGUUAGACUUAAACUUCAAUUCUCUGGUUUCAGGGAUUCAAUCCAAUGUGGACCAGCGGUUUGAUGAUAUUAUGAAGAGACUGGAUUCUAUGUCUAUACAACCUUCUUUUUCACAGCGGCCUCGGGUCCAGCAAUCUGUGUACCCUCCAUUUCCUACCUCGCAGCAGAAUAAUCAACAACCCAACAAUGUUCGCGGGCGAGGAAAUGGCUACCGAGGUAGGGGAGGAAUCAGGUACCCAAAAGUUUAACCACCUCUGUUAGCGGCCGCCCAGAGGUAGGUGAAUAUCAAGGCCAUUCCAAUGUUUCAUAUGUUUCUCAAACCAGUUCUUCUGUUGCAGAUCGUUUGGUCGGUGAGUCUAAUCAAACCAAUAUUGUUUUUCAUUCAGUUCCUGCUGUUGCUUUACUUGAUACUGGUUCCAUGGUUUCUACUGUAUCAAAUUCAUUUUACCAGUCUCUUCCAAAUAAAACUCCUCUCUGUGAUAUAUCCAAAUUGGGUAUUGAUUUGAAUGUUUCUGUUGCAAAUGGAAACCAGUUAAAAAUACUUGGUUAUAUUGAAACCUCCAUUUCUACUCCCCUGUUGAAUUUUGAUUUAGCUUUGCCUGUUUUAGUUGUUCCAGACACCCAGUCUAGUUCUUUUUGUCCUGUUAUUUUGGGCACUAAUAUCAUCCGUCGAUGUAAGUCAGUCUCAGCUGAACUAGAGCUACCUGAUGCUUGGCAGAUGGCCUUUGACACUUUGGUUUGUAAACCAGCAACUGUUUUUUCCACCAAGGAACACACGGUUGAAGUGAAACCUUAUAAGUCUAUCUCAUUUAGUGGAAGUGUGAGAGGGAUUAGACACACCAUUCAUAAAGUUGAAAUCUUUCAGAUGAUAGUCCAUUGAUUGUCAGACCUCAUGUGGUAAAAAAUCCACAACAUGGCAAGUAUGCCAAAAUUCCCGUUAUAGUGUGUAACAUGACCGCAAAACCAGUUUUCAUUAAGCCAAAGACUCCUAUUUGUGUUGUUAAUGAAGUCACUGUGGUUGAUGACAUUACUUCUUCCCCUUUUUCUCCUUCAGUAAAUCAGACUUCACAGGUUUCCAAAACUCUGGAUGAAUUGGGUAUCAAAAUUGAUGCUUCUAAUUUGACACCUGAACAGAUUCUUAGAGCUCGGCAGGUCCUUGAAAUUGGAAACAUGUUUUUUCGACAGGCCCUUCUGAUAUUGGCCACUGUAAUUUGGUUAAACAUCAUAUAACUAUUGACAACCAUGUCCCUUUCAAGCAGCCAUACCGCAGGAUUCCUCCUGGCAUGUAUGAGGAAGUGCGUCAACAUAUUAAGGAGAUGCUUGAAUGUGGAGCAAUCCGUGAAAGCAACUCUCCUUAUUCAUAAAUAAAUUGGCUGACAAAUGGGAGAGAGAACCCUACAUUGUUCUAGAUGUCCCAUAUGAAGGCCAGCCUGUGUACAGAGUACAGAGAGAGAACCGCAAUGGACAUUUUCGAACUCUGCACAGGAACAUGUUACUACCAUUUGUCUCCAAUCCAGAACCUGAACAGGAAAUACAAACUGUCCGCAAGGUCAGAACGUAUUCAAAGCCUAGUCAAAAUUCUGGUAGUGAUAGUGACAGUAGCUUCUGAUUCUGUUGUACAAAUAUAUAGGAUUCCACAGAGAAGGAAUACUAACACUCGUACUGCUGUAAUUCCAGGCCCAGUGACCAGCAUCAGUACCCCUGCCAUUUCUCAUUCUUCUCCAUCUUACUCUACUGGUUCUAUUCCACAGCCUAGUCAGGUACGUCCAAACAACCAGUCAGUCACAGGCAGUCAUUCCACUCCUGUAGACAGUCCGUUGGGUUCACCUCUCUCCCACAAAUCAAAUUCCAGCAGUAGUUCUCUUACCCCGUCUAUACAUGAGAAUCCCCCACCUAACAGACACGUACGCCAACGUCGCCCACCAUACCGGUUCGGCGAAUGGCAAUUUGUACAGGCUGCAGAGUACUUUGUUUAAUGUGUCCAUUUUGUUUCAAAUUUCAGAUUUUUGAGUUUGGUGUUUUGUAACAUCUUAUGGUUGCAUGUAACCUACCGAGUCCACUUUUGCUUAUAAAUUUGUAUUUAAGUGUACAUAUCAUUAUUUGUACAAAUGCAAGCUUUGUGAAUUUUAUUUUUUUUUAAUGGAAAGUUGAGCCAUGUUUGUUACCAUGGUUAUAUUAAGAGUUCUCUACAAGAUACAGAAUAUACUAUCCAUUUAUCCAUUUAUAUUCUGAAAUCAUUAAAUUGUCAUGUUUGUAUGUGCAACAUUUUUUUUGCAAGUCUUGAUCUAAAAAUUGUUUCUAGAUAAAUUUCUUCUUUAUUUGGGAAAUAUCUUUGAAAAAAGAUGUUAACAGCUCCAAAUAAAUCCAUAUAUUGGUAUAGAUGUCUCUUAAAUUGUAAAUAUUGUACAAAAAUUGUAUCAUUCUUUAACGAAAAUGGUGAAAGUUUAUUUUUUUUGUUCAAUAAUUUUGAACUGAGACACCAUAACUAUUUGCAUUUGUCUAUUUCAUUAAAAUAAUAUUUAAUAUGGGAAGUGUUCAUCUGAAUUGUAUGAAAUCCAUAUUAUGUUGUUAUAAACUUUUGUCGGUUUGUGCAUCAGAUUAAAGUUUUUAUAAUUUUUAAACAUUUUCUAAAUUUUGUCUUUUCAUUUGUUACAUUUUCUUUGUGAAUUAAGGUCAUGUUACAAGGGAGGCAACUCUUCUAAAGUUUGCAUUUAAGUUUAACAUUAGUUACUCCCCUUUGAAUAUUAUGUUUUUCAUAAUAGUACUGCGUACUUAUGUGUAUCAUUUAUGUGUUAAGUGUUAUUCGAGGUUCGAUGUUGUUUUUCAGUUAGGCCUGCCCUAUUUAUCUUUCACUAAGUUCGUGCCAUCUAUUAAAUCGUAAUUGUUGUAAUGGUGGUAAUUACAAAAAACGUCCUGUUCUGGGAAUCAGUUAUUUUAAAGUUUAAAUGUCUGGAGACAUUUUGAAGAAGGGAGGGACUGUGUAGGAUUGGUCACUAUGUGUUACUGCAUGUGUCUAUGUCUCUGUACUAGUGUUUAUGCCCCUUGUCUUGUAAGUGUCCAUUUGCUUCUCUUGUGAGAUUCAGUCCCUUGUCCUGUGUGCGUCCAACCAUGUACCGGGAUGUCAUAUAUGUUUUGUCCAGUGAGAAUGAGAGAAUUCAAAGAAACAAGAUUCUUAUUGGUCAGUUCCAAAACCCUUUGUGAAAUUCAGAGAAAAUUACUGACCAUACUUUCUUUUGCUCUCUAGCUGUCGCAAGACAAACUUGUAUUGCAACUUUUAUUAUAUUUUACCAACCUGGUGAGUUUGAAGUUAUUUGUAUUUGCAUUUAUUUACUUAUCUGCAAUGAAAAUGAAUUUAAUAUUAUUUUGAAAUAAUGUAUUUAUGUUUGGAAGGUUGUGAAAUGUGUUAAUUGUGUUUUUUUGUUUCUUUGUUCUGUUAUAUGUUUAAAUAUAUAUAUAUAUACGAGAAUUCCGAUAUACAUUCGGACAGUCACAUAAAUAUCGAACCUUG